CAACUUUAUUAUACUUUGAGAUUUUCGCUGAACCACAACUUCUGAAUCAUUAAAAAAUGUUUCGCUUGUGGGUUUAUCUACAAAUUUUUAGUUGGCUGAACGUGGGCAUUAUUGCUGACGAAUAUUUUGAAUGUUGGAACGGAGUCAUUAUAUACGAAUUAGCAAAAUGCAAUUCCAAAAUAGAUUGUUCCGAUAAUAGUGAUGAGAAAUUCGAAGAAUGCUAUAACCAAACUUGUCCCGAGGAGAAGUGUUCUUAUGGGGGAUGUAUUAACUCAUCAAAACUUUGCGACGGUACCAAGGAUUGCUGGGAUGGAUCCGAUGAACAUGUUAGAAAAUGUAGUCCAAGAAUGAAAGACUAUAGGCCUGACAAUACCGGAUGCAAGCGCAAUGAAUUCAAGUGCACGGAAAUUCCAGAAUGUCUUAGCUCUCAAUACGUUUGCGAUGGCAUUAAAGACUGUCAAGAUGGAAGCGACGAGACCGAACUCAUGUGCAUUAUCUCUACAUGCCCCGAAAAUACAUUCCGCUGCAAGUACGGAGGUUGUCUACCUAUCAAAAGGGCUUGUGAUAAUGUUGUAGAUUGCGUUGAUGGCUCGGAUGAGAUUGCGGCUAUAUGCACUAAGCUUAAUACCGAUUAUUUAAAUACUUCCUCGCCUUUAAGGAAUGCCUCUGGUAGAGCCACUUCCAUUCAUACUGGCAAUGAAAAUCUUACAGCCCCGUUGCCAAAGGGUUGCUUAAUAUCUGAAACCUUACAAAAACAUCAAGUGAGAACGCUUUUCAAUGUACUGCCUUAUGAGAAGGGUGCAGAAAUACCCAGCACAGUGGUAGUGCGAGUUAUCUGUGACAAUAACACCGUUAGCAUUGGAAGUGAUUUGAAUCAAUGUCUAGAUGGUAAGUGGCAGGAAACCUGGCCCGAGUGUCGUCCCACUUGCUCUCGAACCAGAUUCGCCAACGAUCUUUCCACUCAGGCUACCUGUGACUAUAAGGGUCAAAUAAGAAAGUGCAGCGACAAGGAUAUGCAAUUGUUACCCAAAACUAAGGCUACGAUAACCUGUUCUCCCGGCUACAAGAGCAUUGUAGAAAAUUCGAAAGAAAUAGCGAUUUGUCAAAGGGACGGUGAGAUCGCGACUUGGAAUAGUCAGAGAGUACUCAAAUGUAUACCUCACUGUGGCAAAAUACCGGAUACUGUUAAGGAAGAGCCUUGGCUCGUGAGUGUUUUCGAAAGUUACACAUCAAAAAAUCAAUUCAUGUAUAAAUGCUUCGGACAAAUUUUAAGUCCAUGGGUGAUAUUUAUUAAUUCUUUUUAUUGCCUUAUUACGGACAAUGUGGACAAAGUCGUCAUUGCUGAGGGAACCCAAACUUAUGAAUUCUAUCGAGACCAGGAACAUUCAUACCACCUGCACGAGAUUGAAUCUAUUCAUAAGAGCGGACAUUACAAUCUUUUGAAGCUGCACGACCCCUUCAUUUUUUCGGCAUCACUGCGACCAAUAUGUUUGCCUCGUGUUUUACAAAAAUAUGUACCAUUUUCUAAUAAUACUGUCUAUAGGAUAGAGAAUGGUGAAAAAAUUUACUAUCUUUCCAAAAUUCCAAAAGACUUUAAGGAUCUUAUUCGGAAAUUCGAUAAGAUAAAAACUAAAGUACAUUAAAAAAUAUAUAUUUUGAAUUAUUUUUCUAUUUCUGUACAUCGUUAGAAUUUUAACGUCAGAAUUAAAAGCAAAUUGAAUUACAUUA